UAAUAAUAUACUUUGAAUUUUGUUUAUUAAUAAUUAUAGUAAUAUAAUUUUUCUAUAUAAGGAAGUCCCAUGCUGUUCUAACACCUCCUAUCUUCUUUCACUGAUCUUAUAUACUAUACACUAAGUAUUUGUUCUUCCUUUUCUAGUUUCCAUUGAGGAAAGGACAGAUAAAACAUGCCGACGGCAGGAGGAAUUGGGCCAGGAAACGGCAAGGAAUACCCGGGAAACCUCACUCCUUUCGUCACUAUAACAUGUAUUGUCGCCGCCAUGGGUGGUUUGAUUUUCGGCUACGAUAUUGGGAUUUCAGGCGGAGUGACGACCAUGACUCCUUUUCUUCAAAAGUUCUUCCGAGAAGUUUGGGAGAAGAAGGAAGCUAACAAGUCGACGAAUCAGUACUGCCAAUACGACAGUCAAACACUGACGAUGUUCACUUCGUCACUGUAUUUGGCUGCUCUUUUGGCAUCACUGGUGGCUUCAACUGUCACCCGUAAGCUUGGGAGGAGAUUAUCCAUGCUUUUUGGCGGUUUACUCUUCUUUGCCGGAGCUCUUAUCAAUGGCUUUGCUAAAGCUGUUUGGAUGUUGAUUGUUGGUAGAUUGUUACUUGGUUUCGGUAUCGGUUUCGCAAAUCAAUCUGUGCCACUCUACCUUUCGGAGAUGGCACCCUACAAGUACAGAGGAGCAUUGAACAUUGGUUUCCAAUUAUCAAUCACAGUCGGCAUCCUUAUUGCCAACGUGCUGAAUUACUUCUUUGCUAAGAUCAAAGGUGGGUGGGGUUGGCGACUGAGUUUGGGUGGUGCAAUGGUCCCUGCCCUUAUCAUCACAGUCGGAUCCCUAGUCCUACCAGAUACGCCGAACUCGAUGAUAGAACGUGGCCGGACCGAGGAAGCCCGAGCGAAGCUCAAGAAGAUCCGUGGGGUGGAUGAUGUUGAUGAGGAAUUUAGAGACCUUGUUUCGGCCAGUGAUGCAUCACAGCUAGUUGAGCACCCUUGGAGAAACUUGUGGCAGAGGAAAUACAGGCCUCAUUUAACUAUGGCCAUCUUAAUUCCUUUCUUUCAACAACUAACCGGCAUUAAUGUGAUUAUGUUUUAUGCCCCCGUAUUGUUCAACACCAUCGGUUUCGGAGACGAUGCUUCCCUCAUGUCUGCUGUAAUUACUGGUGUCGUUAAUGUUGCUGCAACAUUGGUCUCAAUCUAUGGUGUUGAUAAAUGGGGUCGGCGAUUCCUUUUCCUAGAGGGUGGAGUCCAAAUGUUGAUCUGCCAGGCUGUUGUGGCGGCUUCUAUUGGUGCUAAGUUUGGAACCAAUGGAAACCCUGGUGAUUUGCCUAAAUGGUACGCCAUUGUUGUGGUGCUUUUCAUUUGCGUUUACGUGGCCGGAUUCGCCUGGUCUUGGGGACCCUUGGGAUGGUUGGUUCCUAGUGAAAUUUUCCCAUUGGAAAUCCGAUCAGCUGCACAAAGUAUCAACGUUUCCGUCAACAUGAUGUUCACAUUUUUAGUGGCCCAAGUGUUCUUAACCAUGCUCUGCCACUUGAAAUUCGGACUCUUCAUGUUCUUCGCCUUCUUCGUUGUAAUAAUGUCCAUCUUUGUCUACUAUUUCUUGCCUGAAACAAAGGGUAUUCCGAUUGAAGAGAUGAACCAAGUAUGGAAGUCGCACUGGUACUGGUCCCGGUUCAUGGAAGACCUUGAUUACCCCAUUAAUGGAAAUUUGGAGAUGAGCAAGGGAGGCCAGGGUCCAAAGCUUGUUUAACUUCAGCAUUUGAUAGUACUAUAUAUAACAUUUGUUUCAAUGUUGUUGGAUUAAGGGUACAAGUGCUCUGCUCUUUGUUUAGACCUGGAAAUUUCUAUGUACUAAAAACAUGAAGGAAUUUCUCACCAUUGAUUUGCUCGGAUCACAAA